AUGCCAGAGAAGAAGGCUCCCUCUGUUACAUCAACUUCUUUAUUCAGGCUGCUAAAUUUUGAGCUUUUCGUUAAACCAGUAAGCUGCCGCGUUGCGCAUUCUUAUUUGUGUCACAGAACAAACCUCUUAUGGUCUUCGGUGUGACGUGUUUCAGUUUGUGUGCUGGAUUCCUCGCCUACAACUACGUCACUGGCGACUUCCAAGUAAAAGAAGACUCGCCCUUAGAACGGCGCCGCACCAACUGGGAUUAGCAUGUUUUCUUCCAGUCUGUACUUUCCCCGUCUUCUCCCGUGCAACUUUUCCCCCUCGAUCUUUACAGAAUCGGACGGUUUUGAUGAAGAACGAGUCAUUGCAGAGGCCGAGGCUUCUCUUCAGCACGCGGCGUCACAACUAACAUCGCCUGUAAGCUGGUAGUACUAUGUCUGUUUCAAAUUCAUGUAGUCUUCGAUUAAUAACGUUUUGCCCUAAUGGCCGGAACAUAAUGACAUCCAACCUUGUUUUUACGUAACAUGUAUUUUUCCCCUACGUUUUCAUCAUCUGUAAACGUCGGCUACUGUUUCCCUUUAUCUCGGACCCCUUUCCGUUUAUUCUAGUGUAUCACACUUUGGCCCCUUCAUGUUUCCACUAUUCGUAUAUACGUCUUGGAAGCAUGCACCAAAAAUAUAACCGUCAGAAGCUUUUUGCUUUGACUAUCUUGAAACUUAGCGUGGUAGUUCUGAUUUCUUCCUCCUCCCCCCCCCACCAAAAAAAAACUAAAUUCUCCGGCCCAUUGCGUGUUAAACGUCAACCAUAUUUUUCUGAAUGACUUUAAGAGGUUUUCGUAAGGUCUCUAAAUAUGGGGCCCGCCCACUUCUUAUACGGUCUUUGGAGUGUUUUUUCCCAACGAUUGCCUAUCUGUCGCCUCAGAGCCCCGUGGACGAAGAGUAAAGUAACCUUAAUUAAUAAGCCGUCGAUCGACUAGACUUUUAACUGAUUUUUUGUUGCAUUUAGUCUCCCCUGUCUAUGCAAGUACUUGGAUACGCUAUGCCGAUGGACCGCCUUAGUACCAUAAUACACCAUGCCUCAUUCCCCCGAGUCAAGUCUAUUAUUAUUUCAUAAUCUACUUGUCACGCGGGCUCAUUUCUGUGCCCUUCUGCGCAAAUCACUGUUAUAACUCAAUGCGUUUACCACCUUUUCCAGGCAAGGUUAUGUAGAUGGAAAUAAACACCGGGCUGGGGUAUCGAUUUCCAGUUCGUUCUGUCGCUAGUACUGGCUAAGGAAAUUACUUCUGCACUCAUUUCCCCGUUUCUCGAAUAUCCCGGUAACUUCCGACGCAUCAGCUCCCUAGCCUGUCAUUUCUCUUCUUUAAACUCUGUGUAUAGGCGAUUUCAAUCACGGUAAAGUAGUUUUGCUACGCUCUAUGCUAUUCAGUUAACCAGGAGGGCUUAUUGAACAGUGGUUCAGUUGUGUCCAAUGACAUUACGCGUUCAAUCUUGCGAACUGUAUUGCAGCACGACUUAUGGGCGAGUUUUGAUGUUUGUAAACUCUUGUUUCGUUGUUUAUCAUAAUCGAAAGUGUCGAACAGCAAGUUUUGGUUCAGAUCACUUUGUGUAGAGUUACUUCGCGAAAGUUCCUUAGAAUCCAUAAGGGGUUACCAUUUUGGAAGAGUUCCGAAACAUUGGCACUCAACGCGUUCCAACGUUUUCUGUGCCCCCAGCACGCACAUGCAGUAAUUCAUACAACUGGUUUUGGUGUCCCAUUUUUCAAUCCCAUAGUUGUUCCAUCCUCUUUCCUCCAAUCCCCAGUCAACUCGCAUUACCAAGGAGAUGUUUUACGUACCCGCUGACUCUUUUAGUAAAUCUAUACUUUCUUGUUCAUCAGGAUUUCGAUCAAGCCCUUCCAACACCGCGUGAUAGUCGGACAGGUCGGACACUCGGUCAGCCUUCUCGGUUCCCUGACUCCAGCCGUCGCCAGCUAAGCACUACUCGCUCCAGCUUUGGCACGCCAGUCGAAGAGGAUGAAGAGGAAGAGGGGGAGGAGGAAUACGACGAAGUCUCUGCCUCCUCUCCCAUUAAUAUUUCAGACCUGGGUGAACCCUUGCCCCCCACCACUCAAGGUCCCCGCUCUCUAGAUCAUUCAGCCGCUUCUAAUUCACGCUUCAGUGACACCACUCGCGGCCAGCUCUCUGAUUCCGCCCCACACAACCUUGCAGCCUCUAAUUUCAGUCCCCCAUCGAGCUCUCUACGUGCGCUCGAACGUUACCCAAAUUCUGCUGCAAUAAACCACCUUUUCGAGGAAAUAACUCGUACCAUAGAGGUGGAAGAGAGCAUGGAGACCGAUUAUGCGUCUUUUGAUGACUCCCUCUCGUUUCACACCUAG